AUCACCAGAAACCCUCAAUUUCCAAAAUGUCUCCCACUUUAGAGAGCUAACCAAUUCCAAAAUUCAAUGGCAUUUCUAAGCAAGAGUCUGUAUAAGUUCCUUAGAGGUGUUCCUAACCAAUGGGUAGGGUGCAGUGUUUCCCUAGAACCUUUAGAUGAGCUCUAGCCUGAAAUGGAGCUUUUGCCUCAACUUGGCCAGAUUUAAGUAUCUUAUUCUAGACUCUCAGGAUAAUCAGUUUCUUAAAGUCACUCUGUAUUUCAGGGUAUCAGUAGGCAACCAAUGUCCUGAAAUGUGAUAACUUGUAUCAGGGGUGAAGCUGGAGAGAAACAGGCUUUUUCCUAACUUAUUUCGAUAUCAUUAGAUGUACAUAAAUGCAGGUUCUGAUUUCCUAGAGACUAACUAUCCCACUUUCUUGUACUUUUGGCAUCAUUUAUAAGAGACAGAAAAAUUGUAUUGGGGUCUGGUUAUUAUCUGGAAUACAGAGGAACCCAAAAUUCUUUUUUCCCCUGAGAACUGCUGCUUUCUUUCUCACAAUUCCAUCUAUACUUUACAAGGUUAGGAGACGUAAAGAUUAUGGAAAGAGGACCAAAAGUGGUGUUGAUCCUGUUAGCCUCGGCAGUACAGUUUCUAGGAGUAGCUAUACGCAUUAUUUGUGUUUGAGAGUUGGGGUCCUACAAUAGGUACCACAAAUGCUCAUGAGCAAACAGAACUUGAUGGCCAAAGAUAGAGGAUCUAAGAAUGAAAGGGCCCUGAUGGUAGUGAUGUUUGAAGCAAGCAUCAAGAUCAUUAUCCAGCUUUACCAAUCAGAGAGCUGAAAGGCCACAUCUAAAGAAGGAGCCCAGAAGCAGAAGGAGUUGCUAGUAGAAGGCAAGGUCUUCAGCUCAGGAAUCAAGGGUUUGUUAUGAGAUAAACAAGAAGACGGUGAGACAAGGAAAGCAAUAGUUUGCUAUACUCACUUUCAUAGUCAAAUGAGUAUUUUAAAACUUGGCUCUAUAUAGCUAUCUAUGGUCUCCAAGUUCCCUCAAAUUCUCUUUGAUUAGAGAAUUACCAACAGUAUUGCUACUCUUAAUAUCUUCUAUGAUGAAUACUCAUUAAGUUGAAUUAAAGUGGAUAAGAGCUAUAAAAUUACUAUAAUGCCCCCAUCAUAAUGGUAUCCAUUUUGGUUCCAUCUUCCAUUCAGGUCUAUGUCAGAUUUUGUUUGUGACUUUAUAUACCAAUUAAAAAACAUUUAUUAAGUGUUUUCUAUAUGUCAGGCAAUCUAUUAAUCUCUGAGGAUACAAAAAUGGCAAAAACAGUUCCAUCCCUCAAAGAGGUUACAUUCUAAUAGGAGACUGGCAGCAUUUUCACUAUAUUAUGUAGUGAAAAUUUAUUCAUUCAUUCAACAAAUAUUAAUUUAACACCUAUUAUGUUCCAGGUAUUGUCCUAGCUGCUGGGGAUACAAAAACAGAAAUGAAACAUAUCUUGACUUCAAUAUGCUAACCUCUUUUUACUUAGAUCUCACUUUAGACUUCCUUAUAGCUACAAGGAAAGCACUGAGCCAGUGCAAAAUAGGAUAUGAAUUAAACCUCCUCAUAGAUUUCCCUCUAUGGAAUACUCUUCAAAACCAUGGUAAAAUUCAGAAAUGUCUCCCCUCUUCCUCUUAUCCUAAUUUAAGUUUUUAUUUUAAGACACUCUGAGACGUGUAGAUUGUGUCUACACACUCAAAGUGAAGUGGUAAAUUGAAGCAAUUAUAUGGAUGAUUCAAGGAGAAAAAAAAACAUUCUUGCCUUAAUUACUAGGAUAUCUUUGGCUAAAAUUAUUUUGUCUUGAAUUAUGUAGAUAAUCCAGAUAAUUCAACUAGGGCUCUAUUCUAGUCCCGUGUCAUGGCAUAGGGGUGACCCAAACUUCUUAUACAAGCAGACCCAUAAACUCCAGCAGAUCCUACCAAGCUGGGAAAGCUUCUAGUACGAAUCCAGUGAAGAGACUAUAUUUGUCUCUUCAGCCUGGGUAACUUUGGAGAGACUCAUCACCAACAAGAUUAGCUUACUAGGUAGUAAGUUUUCCUCCACUAAGAUGGAUACAGGUGGUAGUAGAAGGAUCUUUCCCUACCAAUAUGACCACAAAUUCUGGAAGUAUUCAUAUGUGUAUGAAAUCUGUAUAUAAUCAGAGUUGUAUACUUAUGGAAGAAACCUUAUAAUUAUUUAACUUGUUAUUAUAUUAGUUUGCCAGUGAGAAAAACUGAGACCAAUAUAUGAGAUGACUUCUUCAUGGAUGCAUAACAGCAAAGCCCAAACUAGAGCCUGGGUCUCCUGACUUUUUUUCUUUCUGCAACCCAAAUGCCAAUUGCUUCAGUUUUUCUACUAUAUUUAUUUAGUGUGUAUGUCAGAAUAUUAAUAUUUCUCCAUAGUCUUGUCGGGGUAGUUGAAUUUCCUUUCCAUUGCUUGCUUUCCUAAAAUAUUAUUUUUGAUAGUGUUUUUUAAAAACCCUUACCUUCUGUCCUAGAAUCAAUACUAUGUAUUAGUUCCAAGGUAUAAGGGUGGUAAGGGCUAGGCAAUGAGGGUUAAGCAACCUGCCCUGAGUAACACAACUAGGAAGUGUCUGAGGUCAGAUUUGAACCUGGGACCUCCUGUCUCUAAAUCCACUGAGCCACUUAGCUGCACCUUGGUAGUGUUUUAUUUCCGGUCUGGACAAGUGAUUGAUUGAAAAAGACUAAAAUAGUAGCCCUGGUUCUGGAAGAGUUUUUUCUGUAGUUAGUUUUGUAGAUGUAUGUAGGGCCGGUUGCUCUAUGUAACUGCUUUUUGUCUCUGAGGGCUGCACUUUUCAGAAAUAUUGUGUGAAGACUAAUCCCAUUCCCCAGCUCUCUGGUCUGAGUCUUAGCCCCUAGAGAUGGGCAGCCACCCCUCUCAGACACUGCACAAAGCAGCAGGGACUGUAGCCAGUGUAUAUAGACUGACAUCUAUGAGGUUUCAUGGGGCACCUUAUAUUUUCUCUCUUGGUCCAUGCCUUCUUCAGACGGGCAGGUGAAAGAUAAGGAGCCUAAGUGACUUGCCCACAAUAGUCAGGGCAUCAGUGAAAUGGUAAUGUUGAUAUUAGGAAUCACAGUCUCUGAGUUUCUAGGUCAUUGCUUACUCCCACUGAGUCAUGCUGCCUCUUUUUUGUCUUUCGCUUUGCCCCCUUCUAAUUCCUUCAUUUGGCCAGAGCUGGCUUCUUUUAGAAGUCCUGCAGAACUGGCUUUGCCUGCUGAUUGACAGAAAACUUUGGUUAAUGACUUUCUCUGAGAAGUAAGAGAGUUCAAUGAAAGCGUUCGAGAUUGGUAUAUGAAAAGGAAAGGGGGGAAUUAAUUUCAACUCCUGCCUUUGAAUUGGAUGUAGCUGGAUGGAGGGGAAAAAUCAAAUCCCUCCAAACAUUUGCCCGAAUAAAUGGAGAGACUGCUGCUUUCUGUUUCAACCUCUCCAGGGGGGGUCACAAAGUUGUUUCUCACCCCCUACUUCUCCUGUGCCCCUUGCCAACCACCCCCCUGCGCCCGAGCAAGGCAUGGGGAUUUUUCGAAAGGAGGGAGACCUUGGAAAGACAUCUCACCAUCUGUUUCCUGCUGUGGCUUUGUUUGAAAUGACUUGGUGCCCUUUUUAUUGAAAUCACAGUUUAUCUGUGAAGUACAGAUGUUGGAUGCAGAUGAGUGUAUGUUCCCGGCCUCUUUACAUUAUGCUCAUUUGAAAUGCAGUCCCUCCCUUCGCUCCUCCCUGCCUCCCCCUCCCAAAUUACGAGUUUAAUAAAGGCGAACUAUCCUGCUUCGGGAACUAACCAUCCUGUGCUUCCAAACCGUCUUUUGGAUCCUGAGAAGUAUUUAUGGGGUGUUGAAGAAACACAAGGGAAGCCGGAAAGAGCUCUUUGCUAGGUAGAAUCCUCUGACUCGUCAUCCACUAUCAAGAAGGCUCUUCCAAGUGACUGAAGCAGGGAAGCCGAGCCAAUCAGAGGGCUCUUUCCUGGCUCUGUCAUCAGUCCUUGGUUGGGGAAGGGUUUUGCUUUUAUGCUCUGUAUUUGGAAGGCAGAUAAAAUGCCAGGUCUGGACUGCCUCUAGGGAUAACCUUUCCCUCUAGGAUGUGAAGGAGUAGCAUCUUGGCUGGAGAAUCCACAGAAAAUUGAUAAGGCAGGCUCAGUUCUUCAGCAUAGGCCUUUUCUACCUUUUGACCCAGCUGGGGUUUUGUAGCAAUUUUGCUUUUGCCCUGAAAGAGGUGCUUUGGAUUAUCAGAGCUCCAUGUACGACAAUUUGUACCUGCAUGGAUUUGAAGAUUCGGAGGCGAAUAAUGUGAUGUGUUACCCAAGAUGGUGUGAACAGAGCUUCAAGCCAAUGGAGAAGACUAGGCCUAAAUAGCUGUGCCGAUGAAGUGAAAAAUACAGCCACACCUGGAGUAUUCCCAUCCUCAGCAGUCAUUCUCAGUGCAAAUGCAUUUAUGGCUGGUUCAGCGGAUUCCUAUACAAGUAGACCAUCUGAUUCAGAUGUAUCCUUGGAAGAGGAUAGAGAAGCCAUUCGCCAGGAAAGAGAACAACAAGCAGCUAUCCAACUCGAAAGAGCAAAGUCAAAACCUGUAGCAUUUGCUGUGAAAACGAAUGUGAGUUAUUGUGGAGCUCUAGAUGAAGACGUCCCAGUUCCAAGCACUGCCAUCUCCUUUGAUGCCAAGGACUUUCUGCACAUUAAAGAGAAAUAUAAUAAUGAUUGGUGGAUAGGACGGCUGGUUAAAGAGGGCUGUGAAAUUGGCUUCAUUCCAAGUCCACUUAGACUGGAGAAUAUCCGAAUCCAGCAGGAGCAGAAAAGAGGACGCUUUCAUGGAGGGAAAUCAGGUGGCAAUUCUUCUUCAAGUCUUGGAGAAAUGGUGUCAGGAACAUUUCGAGCAACGCCUACAUCAACUGCAAAACAGAAGCAAAAAGUGACGGAGCACAUUCCCCCUUAUGAUGUUGUACCAUCUAUGAGGCCGGUUGUAUUAGUGGGGCCAUCGCUGAAAGGUUAUGAGGUGACAGAUAUGAUGCAGAAAGCCCUCUUUGACUUCUUGAAGCACAGGUUUGAUGGGAGGAUAUCUAUAACGAGAGUGACAGCUGACAUUUCUCUUGCUAAGAGGUCUGUCCUAAACAAUCCCAGCAAGAGGGCAAUAAUCGAGCGGUCAAAUACACGAUCCAGCUUAGCUGAAGUACAAAGUGAAAUUGAAAGAAUCUUUGAAUUGGCAAGAUCCUUGCAACUGGUUGUCCUCGAUGCAGAUACUAUCAACCACCCAGCACAACUUAUAAAGACUUCCUUAGCACCAAUUAUUGUCCAUGUUAAAGUUUCAUCCCCAAAGGUUUUGCAACGGCUGAUUAAGUCUAGAGGAAAGUCCCAAAGUAAACACUUAAAUGUCCAAUUGGUGGCAGCUGAUAAACUUGCACAAUGCCCCCCAGAAAUGUUUGAUGUAAUUCUGGAUGAAAAUCAGCUUGAGGAUGCAUGUGAACAUUUGGCAGAAUACCUGGAGGCAUACUGGCGUGCUACACACACAACAAGUAGCACCCCUAUGACACCUCUCCUUGGAAGAAAUUUGGGCUCCACGGCACUUUCACCAUACCCCUCUGCAAUCUCUGGAUUACAGAGCCAGCGCAUGAGGCACAGCAACCACUCUACUGAGAACUCUCCAAUUGAAAGACGAAGUCUGAUGGCCUCUGAUGAAAAUUAUCACAAUGAAAGGGCCCGGAAGAGUAGGAACCGCUUGUCUUCCAGUUCCCAACACAGCCGAGAUCAUUACCCUCUUGUGGAAGAAGAGUACUCUGACUCAUAUCAGGACACUUAUAAACCCCAUAGGAACCGAGGAUCACCUGGGGGAUAUAGCCAUGAUUCCCGACAUAGGCUUUGAGUUUAAGAACCUGGGGGGUGGGGGGAAAUAGUAUUCAUCAGUUGACAAUUCGCCAUAACAUAACUAGGACAAACUAAUCAUCUUAAGUUGGAAGGCCAAGCACAGUAUUUGCUGUGUUUAUAAGCUGCUGCCAUUUGAUGGUAGGUAAAGGGCAAAAAAAAAUAAUAAUUGUACAUCAAGCCCUAAUGUUAGAGAGAAAUUAGAUGCCCAAUCAUAUAGGUUUUUUUGUUUUGUUUUUAGUGUGACAUUUACAUCAUAACUACCUUUUUCUUCAUUAGGUAUUAGACAUCAGUUUGUAAUUUAGGGUACUUAUCAAGGCACAUAUAAAAUAAUUUCCUGUGCUGGAAAUUCCAAAUGACCAGUUCCAGUUGGAACCAAUUUAUAAACCAAUUCCUGUUGGAAUUUGGGUGAAUCGACUAGAAAGUCUACUCGAGAAUGUUGCAACUGAUUGAAAAUUUUAAAAAAUGUUAAUGAAUAAGAAAAUCACAAUGUUCAAUACAAGCCAAAAAAAAAAAUAGCUACAGUAUUUAUUUGCUGGAAGCUAAAUUUACACUCAAGGUUGGAAUACAUAAACAUUUUACUCUUUGUUAACAUUUCCAGAAUGGCUUUUUCAGAUUUAACCAAAUGUAAAAUGUUGAGAGUGCCAAAAAAAUCAAAUUAAUGCAGCAGUCACACACUAUUCAUAGGAUUUUUUUUGUUGUUUUUUCCCUUGGCAAGGCUGCUGCUAUCAAAGCAUUUUUCUUUAAGUUUCAUCACAACCAUUAUUUCGGUAGAAGUUGGUAUUGAAAAUUAGUAUUUUUUUCAGCAGUAGGAAAGAGAAUGGCAUGAACAAAACUAAAUAUUACUGGUAUUAUGAAAUGUAAGAUGGGUUAUUGUCCUCCCUUUGAUCAAUCUGAGCACAAAUACACAUGUCCAGGAAUAUAAUGUGACCUAGGAAAAAAUGUGACAUCCUCUCAUUUGCAUUUCCUUCUAGGGGGAAAUUGAUCCAUUCCAGAAAUCACAAACAUAAAUUCAGUACUUACCUGCCAGCACAAUUGAGUACCUUUCCACUGCAUCAUCUAGUCUGUCUCUGAAUGUCUGAUUGUCCCAGCCCUAAAUACAUAUAUAUGUACAUGUGUGUACAUAUAUUUCUUCAUAACCACAUUCAGAAAGAUUUUUUAAAGUAGUUACUUUCAAUUUUGAUAUUGAAAGCAGUGUUUAUAUAAAAUGAUGCUAGUAAAUAAUUUUUUUGAAAUGAAUGAUCAGAUUAAAGAGCUUGCAAUAAAAAUAAACAUAGAAUCAGAAAUACCUGCUCACUAAAAUGAUAGUGCUGACAUUUUAAUGCACAGAAUUAUAUUGUGAAGAAUUUGGAAAUGAUGCUGCCUUAUUUCUAAUGAGCACUCCUUUUCACCUACUGAGACUUCACAAUUUUUCCAGUGGAUACAUUUAUGUAAUUGGGGACCUUGUGUCUUACAUUAUCAAAGAAGCCUUAGAUCCAGUAUGAUCCAAGAAAUUAUUGGAACUGACCAUUUUAUACAACACACCAAUGUCUAUAAAGCAAAGAAUUAUUUCUAAAAGUCCAAAAUGCAUGCAUUUUCUAAAAGCCUGACAGGACCAAGCGUAAAAAUCCUUUUAUACUGGUUCGUGUCAUGAGACCUAUUUUUGAAAAAUGAUAAUUAUUAAUUUUAUAUUAUCUUAUUUUCUUCCCCAAGCAUCUUAAUAUUUAAGCUGUCAAGGCUUACCAUACCAAUUGAGUAAUUUUCCUGAACAUGAUGAUAUCUUAUGUUUUCUGGAUCAGUUACGAAGAUUUUGACAUCCCCUACAACUCCCUUCACCAUGUCCUUCCCCACCUUCCCUUCUCCUCUUGUUCACUGUGCACAUCUCAUAAUUACCAUGGUUAGCUUAUAAUAAGGAUAAUUAUUAAUCAUUUAACUCAUUUCAGUCAGUUGAUACAACUCAAAAAUGGCGUUCAGUAACCUAGAACAUUAACAGAUGCAGCACUGAUUUUUAGGGUUGUUUUGCCAUCUCUAGAGAAGUAUAUAGAUGAUUGGGACCAUCGGUGAAGACACUCAAAAGAGCUGCAUCCAUUAAUAAUUGAACAAAAAUAUAAUCUGACAUGUUUUCACUUUAAUUCAUAGCAUAGAAGAGUAUUGUCCAAUAAUUUAAAAUAUUUAUCACAUGUACAGCACUCAUAUUUGCAUGAGAAAGAAAACACUAGGCAAAACAUUUUUCUAUAAGCUUUACCAGUUUUUGUUUGUGUGCAUUAAAGUAUUACUUGCAAAAAGUACACUAAGAUGUAUAAUUCUAGACUAGACAGCUGUUUAGCUUUAUUCUGUAGUAGAAUUAGCUAUCUGAUCAUUUAGCUGCUUGAAGAUAUUUACAUUUUAUGGCAGGUAGCUACAAAAGCAUUUAUCUAUAUUUUUUAGACAAACAAGAUGACAGCAUUAUUUCCAGUUUUUUUAAAGUGCUUUAUUUUCAAAACCUCUCAAAGUCUUGUUUUUGAGUCUUUCGUGUCAUGCUAAUAAAGAGGUCCAUUUAAUCAUUACACAUGCACAAAAGCAAUUGUUGUAUCAAGUGCCAAUAAUACUUUUGUUUUCCAUUCUAAUCCCAAAGUGAACAAUUUUGGAAAGGGUACCAUGUAUAUUUUCUUGAAUGACCCUAUUUCAAUAUUUCCCAUAAUUUAGCAUAUUUAUUCCCCUCCGCUUUGUGUAUAAGAAGCUUUUUAUCUCCAAAUGAACAACUGGCCAGUUUUCAAACUUCAGUGAUUGUGUAAAAAUGACACUGACUAGAGGUCAGACAGUGAAAUGAUUCAUUUCUGGAAAGCACUAUCAUGCACUUUUUUUUAAACAAACCGCAAACACCUUGUUAUUGCUUAAUUUGAAAAGAGUUCAUUUAUUUUUAAAAGUUAACAUUUUAAUAAGCAGGGAAAAGGAUAAGCACUGCGAUGUUUGGGGGCCAUUUUUAACUCAUUCUUUAGAGUUAUAAUAUAUAUUAGAACUUUAACGAUGUCAACCAGCUGUCUUGUGAUAUAUAUUAUGCAAUGGUUUCAUGUGACAUUGUGGAUUUAAUGUAGUCCUGACUGAAUAGAAAUCAUGCCAAUUUGCCAAUUCUAAUGUUGACUUUAAUGGUUAUAAUAUGACUAUAAAACAAGAGUAAGCAGUUAACUGCUUAACUCCAAUACAUAAAGCAGAACCUAGACAUAUUUAUAAGUGAUUAAUGGUUAUUUGUUACCUUUAUAAGUUUUUAUUGGGAAACCACUAAGGUUGAUAAUAAUUUAGAUUCAUGUACCAUGCUAAUGUGACAAUCUUAAUGACAUAAGCAAGUUAAGACAUUGCACUUAGACCCCAGGGAGACAGAUUGUUUCUUUUUUCAUUUAGGACAAAUUCCUGAGAUAAUUAUUUAUUCCCUUCUAAUAGGUUUGUUUUGUUUUCCCUUCAAUUUGGGGGCAAAAUAUAUUUUUGGAAUCUGUUAACCUCUUCUUACCUGCAUACUUGAAACUUUUGUUAUUACCAUUAAGGAGCUCAUAAUUCAGGAAAGGGGAGGGAGAGACAAGGGGUCCAAGAGGGAAAAGGGAAGUCAUCCCAAAAGUAGGUUUCCAAUUUAAAAUCUUGAAAGCGAACAUAUCAUGAAAAUUCUAUUGAAACCUAGGGGAUAUCAGUGAAGAGUGCUUCUAGGUGACCUUAAUCUGCAUGCUAGUAGCAUAUCUCUUAGUUAUAAAACUUUAUUUUGAUGUUUGCUGAAACUUACAAAAAGUUGUAGCCACUAGAGUAAUUUGACCUAUAUAUUGCUAUUUAUACUACCUCUUUGCUACAGAAGACAGCCUGUCUUUAAGAAAAAAUUUGCCAAUAAGUAGUGAUGAAAUCUUUACUAUUGCUAACCUUGUUGCAAAGCUAAAUGCAUUUUAUAUGCUUAGUUCUCCUGUUUUCCUCGAAAUCUUAAAGCUCUCUUUCCAACUAACUCUCUUCAGUAUUUUAUUCCUUCCUCCCUAGGGUUCUUUGCAUCCAGUAAAAGGUUACCCUUAGACUCAGAAUCUGUUUGAUAAGCAAAUCAUCAUAGGAAGUGAGAAAAAAACAACCCUAUUUAAGUAGUUUAAUUCUCUGUAAUCACUGUACUGCUCCCCUCAAAAAAGAGAGAGAGAGAGAAGCAUUUGUAAGUCCAGACAGAGUAGUUUUCAUAUUUUAAAUUUUUAUGUUCUUCUUGAUUGCAAAUUCAGAACUUGCUGGGCCUUUUACUACUCGUGUUGACCUUUAGGGCAUACGUUACUCAUUUACUGUGUAAGGCUUCACAUAAUCUUGGCUUGUCCAUUUCAUCAGAACAUACUACAUAUUUUCCAGCAUUAAUUAAAUGUUCCUUAGCCUUUUUAAAAUUUGCUUUUAAAUUCCAUGACCAUGUUGCAUGUGGUUCUUCAUUUUUUUGUUAUGAAAUCAUCUAUAACUCACCUAUGAAUAAUAUAAAUGAAAACUCUUCUGAGUAGUAAGAGUACUUAAAAAUGCUACUAGUACCAAUCGGACUAGUAACCCAACUUUAUCGUGCAGGCUGUGACCUUUUUGACUAAUUUAACCAACCAAAAGAGUUGACAAUAUAACAAUUGCCAAAUGAUUAUUUUGACUUUAGUUUUUUAAUGACUUCAGCCAGUCAAAACUAAAAAUUGGUUUGUGCACACUGACAAAGUCACCACAUCUUUGAAAUGUAUGAUUAUUUUGGAAAUUCUUCUUCUUUUAUUUGUAUACUUUUUCCUCAAAGAACUUAUUGCAACUAUUCAGUGAGUCUUCUUGAUGCUUAUUUCACCAUAAAUACUUUAUGGUUGUUUUCUUUUUUUUUAAAGGAACAUUUUGGUAGUAGAAUAGAAAAUAUAUUAUCAAAUGAACUUGUACAAAGGGCUGUAUACUCUAUUUGCAAUGAAAAUCAUAUAAAUAAGAUUGAAUGACUAUAGGGUUUUUUCUGAUUUGGGAAACAUAUUCACAUAUAUGAAACUUUCCCUUUGCUUCUUUUGACCACCACGAAGUGAGAGGGGACAGUAGAAAACUUCUAAAAUGCAUUUACUGCAAUUGAGGAUACAUUUGGUAGUUCCUUUCUCAAAACUUAGAAAGGAUUAAAGAGAGACUGUCCAUAGAAACAAGAGGCUGAUCUCUAGCUUUACAAUACUUUGGACAUUUUCUUGGUCUACUUCAAGCACUUAAAAUUUUCAACUAACGGCUACUAAAUAUACUUGUUUAGGGCCCAGUCCUGAUACUUACAUGCCAUUUACACACAAAACUCUCACUGAAAUCAGUCUGAGUUCUGUCUGAAUAAGGGAUGUAUUCGAGAAGCAGGAUCAUUAAUGCUAUAUUGUUGCAUACUAUUUUUCAUAUGCCUUACAAAUAUUUUCUGGGACAUUAUUAAAAGAAAAGCAUUUUAUUGCCAAAAUAAACCUUUGUUGUUACUUCUAAUCUGUAUUAGCACUAGAAGAUCAAGUUAUGUAGCAAAUACAUAUAUUGUACAGUACGAAAUUAUAAAAUAUAUAUUUUACCAAUAAUAUGAAAAUAGAGCAAGGAGAAAGAAGCACAUUUGUUAUAGCACAAAUUUAAACAAUCCACUGUUACAUUGGCAAUUGUAUUUUUGAAAAAGUAUAUAGAUUUAGUUCUAAAGUUUCAUCAGAGUUACUUCAUUUGCCAUCAUUUGCUGCCUGAUACUUUUCCAGCAAUUAAUUUCAUAGCCUUGCAAUCUGUGGAUGUAAAUGAUCUUAUUCCUUCAAACUGUAUUCCUUUCUGUGGAAAUAUCAUAAUUUAUUUUGUGAUAUGACAGCAUAUAAUAUUCACCAUUCUGAUUUCUUUCCCACCAAUAAAAACUUAUAAGUACAGGUGAGCUCUUAAUUAGUGCUCAUGUGUAUUUUUGGUAUGCUUAAGUGAUUUAACAUUUUCCUAGCCCAAGGUCUGAAUGAUCAAUAAAAAUGUCCCAACAAUGAAAUGGUAUUUAGGUAUUCUUUAAUUUGUCUUGCCUCUUAGUGCAGCUUUAUUUGGAAAAUACAAUUUAAACCUCAUUAGCUAUUUUGAAGAGAAAAGGUAAAAACUGAAAUAAAUGUUCAAAAGUAACACACUAAAAUACAGUACAAUUAUAUAAAAACAAUCCCCCUACCUAUAGGCCUUGGACUGUUUAUCUCCCAGGCAAUUGCCACAUUUCCUCUUAUAUGGUUAAAAAUUAAAUAUAUAUUGCCUUUAUUAAACCAAAACAGUUACAAAUAUUUCUUUUCUUAUUUUAUUUUUAGAUUCAUUUAUCCCCUCCUAUUUUUACUUCUAUAGAUGUGUGUAGCAUUCUACAAGGCAUGCUGGGUAAAAUAUACUAUGCAAAUGUGUACAGUGUUGCAUGUUUUGCUCUCCCUCUGCUUUAGUGGCUUUAAAGGAAAAAAAAAUGUGUUGUUAUUUUUGUGAACAGAAACAUUUAUCAGAGAAAAUGCAGAAUGCAUGCUUACAGUAUCCUAAUUUCUAUGGAUUUGUUUUAUGGGAUUUAGAUGUGUACAAAUCAACUGCAUUAAAAAAUUUUUCUUUUAUAUAAUAAAUGAAAAAAACAUUCAAA